GCGCCCCGUCGGCCCGCCCACCCGCUUCCCGUGGGCGGUGCGGGGCCCCGGCGCUCCGGCCCUGACGUGACUGUGGUGUGCUCGUCGCUCCCGGGUGGCUAGCCCGCCAUUGGCGUUUCGCGGUCCGCGGCGUCCGGCUGGCCGAGGGUCGGGGCCGGGUGGGGCGCCCCGUUAUGGCGGCGGCGGAGGAGGAGGAGGGGGCGAGCGCGGCCGCCGGCCCCGCUUCGGGUGUCGACGGCGGUGGCGACUCGCCCGCGGCCGAAGGCGAGGGAGCUGGAGCGGCGGGCGAAGAAGGGAAGGACGCGGCCGCGGAAGGAGCGGAGGCCGUCGCGGACAGCGAGGAGGACGGCGAGGAUGUGUUCGAGGUGGAGAAGAUCCUGGACAUGAAGACCGAGGGGGGUAAGGUCCUUUAUAAAGUUCGAUGGAAAGGAUACACAUCAGAUGAUGAUACCUGGGAGCCUGAGGUUCACCUUGAGGACUGUAAAGAAGUUCUUCUUGAAUUUAGGAAGAAAGUUGCGGAUAACAAAGCUAAACCAGUGAAGAAAGAUAUCCAGAGGCUGUCCUUAAACAGUGACAUAUUUGAGGCAAACUCUGAUAGUGACCCACAAAGCGAGACCAGAGAAGACACUUCUCCAAAGAAGAGAAAGAAAAACCUGAGGCACAAAGAAGAGAAAAGCCCAGAUGACCUGAAAAAGAAAAAAGCAAAGACUGGGAAACUAAAACCCAAACCAGACCUGGAGAGCACCUCUGAAAGUUUGGUUUUUGAUUUAAGGACAAAGAAAAGAAUUUUAGAAGCCAAAGAAGAAUUAAAGGAAUCCAAAAAGCCCAAAAAAGAUGAUGUAAAAGAAACAAAGGAGUUAAAGAAGGUUAAAAGGGGUGAAAUAAGAGAUUUAAAGACUAAAAUAAGAGAAGAUUCCAAAGAAAACAGAAAAACAAAAAGAGAGAAGUGUGUUGAAUCCCAGGUGGACUCUGAAUUGAGUGUACUUAGUGAUUCCCCUUUUCAGGAAGAGGACAGUGAAGAUUUACAUUCUGACAGCAGAGAAGAGAAGCUGAAGAUUCAAGGUGCAAAAGACAAAGCAGAGCCAGAGGCGAUUCAAGAUGGUGUUCCUGAUAAGCAGCCGGAGGGCCCCGUGAGCGCUGACGAGGAGGAGGUCAGAGCAGCCAGCAGGAGGAAAAAGAAACUGAAAAGGACAGAGGAACUUAAAGAGAGCAAAAAGCUGGAAAACAAGAACCUCUUCUUAGAGAAGAAAAACAUACAGAAAAAGCAAAGGAAUCAAGACAGAGGCCGAAGUAGCACAGAGUUAGAUAAGCCAAUGCUUGCGUCCACCCCGGCGCAGAGGACUUCCAGGCCGAGCGCGGAGGAGAGGGGCUCCAGGCCCACGGACUCCCCGGGGGAGGAGAAAGAGGCCAAAAAAAAUGAACCCAAAGAAAAAUACCAGAAAAGGCAUGAUUUGGACAAGGAGGAAAAAGGCCGAAAAGAGCCCAGGGCAUUAAAGACAUUUAAGGAAAUCAGAAAUGCAUUUGAUUUAUUUAAACUAACUCCAGAAGAAAAAAAUGAUUUUCCUGACAAUAAUUGGAAAAGAGAAGAAAUACCAGCAGAUUGUAAAGUCACAGAAGACCACAAGCCCAAGGAAAACAAGCAGUUACUUAAAGAAAGGAGGAACACGAGAGAUGAGACCGAUACGUGGGCCUAUAUAGCUGCCGACGGCGAUCAGGAGCUUGUGGACAGCACGUGCCACUCGGAGGAGACUUGCGAUGGCAGACAACAGAUUUUGAGUUUGGGCAUGGAUUUGCAGUUGGAAUGGAUGAAAUUAGAGGAUUUUCAAAAGCAUCUUGAUGGGGAAGAUGAGAAUUUUACUACAGCAGAUGCAGUUCCAAGCAAUUCAUUGAGGGAUGCUGUGAAAAAUGGGGAUUAUAUUACUGUGAAGGUUGCACUUAAUUCAAGUGAAGACUAUAACCUGGACCAAGAGGAUUCAAGCGGGAUGACGCUGGUGAUGCUCGCGGCCGCAGGGGGGCAGGAUGACCUACUGAGGCUGCUCCUCAGGAAGGGAGCGAAGGUGAACGGCCGGCAGAAGAACGGGACCACGGCGCUCAUCCACGCCGCCGAGAAGAACUUUUUAACUACAGUGGCUAUUCUUUUGGAAGCAGGAGCUUUUGUAAACGUCCAGCAGAGCAAUGGUGAGACGGCUCUCAUGAAGGCCUGUAAGAGAGGAAAUUCAGACAUUGUCCGGCUUGUCAUUGAAUGUGGAGCUGACUGCAACAUCUUGUCAAAGCACCAGAACAGCGCGCUGCAUUUUGCAAAGCAGUGUAACAACGUGCUGGUGUACGAGCUGCUGAAGAGCCACUUAGAGACACUUUCGAGAGUAGCAGAAGAAACAAUAAAGGAUUACUUUGAAGCACGUCUCACUCUACUAGAACCAGUUUUCCCAAUAGCAUGUCAUCGUCUCUGUGAGGGGCCAGACUUUUCAAUGGAUUUCAAUUACAGACCCCCACAGAAUAUCCCAGAAGGCUCCGGAGUCCUGCUGUUUAUUUUCCAUGCAAACUUUCUGGGUAAAGAGGUCAUUGCUCGCCUCUGUGGACCGUGUAGUGUACAAGCUGUUGUUUUAAAUGAUAAAUUCCAACUUCCUGUUUUUCUGGACAGUCAUUUUGUUUACUCGUUCAGCCCUGCCGCAGGCCUCAAUAAACUCUUUAUAAGGUUGACAGAAGCACCCUCCGCUAAGUCCAGUUUUGCCUGAAGACAAAUCAAUAUAUACAUUACUACCAGUUGGACCUAAAAAUACCCUCAAAUCUUCCUCAAAGAAAAGGGGAGCAACCCUGGGAGUCACAUGACAAGACAGAGAAGCAGAGGUUUCAACUCUGCCCUAAACUACGCACUGUUGUUCCACUAACUCUAACACGGGAACCAGGAUCGUGCAGUGCGUCGCCGGCAUCAGGAAGAAGGACGGAAGAGGCGGUUACAACAGUGCUGGCUGACCUGAAAGGAAACUCCAGUGUUUCCUGUCUCUCAACUUCCGGUUCAUGCUGGAAGCCAAAUUUCAUCCAUGUUUUCUUUCUUCCUAGGAUUACAAUAAAA